CUUUGUGCACGAUGUCUCUGGUUGCUCGUUGUGUUCUAAACAAAGGCAAUCUACUUAAAAGACACAUUAUCUUUGGAUUUGUAGCUGGGCAAAAAAGAACUCUAAAGAUUGGAACUGAACUUCCAGCAGUGAAUCUGUAUGAAGAAUCGCCUGAUAAUGCAAUCAACAUCAGAGAUGUGUUCAAGGGGAAAAAGGGGGUGCUAUUUUCUGUGGUGGGCGCCUUCACUCCAGGAUGUACUGAGGUUCACCUUCCAGAUUACCUAGACCACUUUGAAAAAUUUAAGAAUGAAGGCUAUGAUCUAAUCUGCUGUGUUGCUGUUAACGACCCGUUUGUAAUGUCUGCUUGGGGGAAACAUGUGAAAGCUGAAGGAAAGAUUCGAAUGUUGGCUGACACACAGGCAGAAUUCACUAGAGCGCUCGAUAUGGAACUGGAUUGUCGGAAAGUCAUGGGCAAUAUAAGAUCAAAACGUUAUUCAUUAGUGGUGGAAAAUGGGAUCAUUCAGAGCAUCAACAUGGAACCAGAGAACACCGGACUGGCCUGUCUCCUGUGUAUCAAAAACUACAGAUCCAAGGUUAAACCGGGACAUUGACAAUGGCUGUGAUCCUUAGUUACAGUGCUAUUAUCUCCACCAAUCAUUAUUUUUCUUGUAUUUAUUCUAUUGUCAUAUUAUUGACGAUGGUUUUAGAUUUACAACGAAAGAACAUUUUGUUUAGAUACAUAUAUGAGCUCAAUUAACUUUGCUCUAGGUUAUAACAUCAGUAUUAACAUAUUAGACCCUGAUAUGAUAAAAUUUGGAAGUUGGAAAUGAAACUUGCCAGCUUGUUGGUAGACACCAUCAUUAAAAUAUGAGGGGCAACAAUGAAUAAUCUUGUACCCGAAGUAGUGGGUAGGCUUAAUUUAGGAAAAUUUAUUCAUAAAGUGUUGGAUUUAUUUUAUGUGGCUGCACAAAUUAAAUGGGCGGUCUUAUUAGCAGGCAUGGCUUAUUACUACAGAUAUAUCAGGUAGUGUCCUACAAAAAGUUGUGUUUGGGCUAUUAUUAUGUGUUCAUGAAAAUGAAAUAAUAAAAACGCAUAUGCCGAUGUCCACCAAUUAAUUAUAAUUCAUUUUAAUGGCCAUGUCAAAUCAUUAUAUAUACAUGUACACACACAAAAAUAAUUAUGUAAAUAAAAUGACUCUUGAUAACGUACAAAUUGAUAGGUUAAUUAUAGGGCAAUGCAAGUUAAUUGCAUUAUUACAGUAAUAACCAUUAAAGCAAACAAGGUAUAUAAAUGCCCUUGAUUUAGAAGAAGAAAACAAAUUAUGCGAAUUAAAUGAGUUUUAAGUGCCAUUUUAAGGUUUCUGUUAUAGUGGUCAUUAAAACUAGAUGUUGGUCACCAUUAUUUUGCAAUUAUCUUAUGAUGGCAAUUAAUAAUCAUCAAUUAAAAACAAUUAAGUUUGCCCAUUAAUUUACACCCUUUAGUUGGUACAUUUUUAACUGGUAUACAGUUAAUGGAUUUUUAAUUGGCAAUUGAGGGGCACAUUUGCCAGUAGUAUAAUAUCCUUGCAACGAAUUGAACUUUAUUCUUAAACAUAUUAACUAGUGAUAAGUUUAAGCAAUUACGUACAUGCAGCGAUAUACAAAUGUAUAUUGAAUCAGUACUUGAAAUGAUGUUCAUUGUAUACCUUUAGUUUGUACUCGGCCUCCAUUGAUUUUGCUGUCAAUUUUUUCAAUAGAAACAUGUCUGUCUGCCAGGAAGCAAUAUACCUUGUACUCUGUAUAGAUUUGGCUGGCUUUUCUCCCCUGCCAGAAGGGGCAGUGGUUAACCAUGGAGCGAAACAUUUGCCUGAUGUCAAUAAUUCCUUUCAAAUAACAUCUUGUCAUUAACCAAAAGAUCUGGGAUGGAUGGAUGCCAAAAUUGUAGAAGUAAAUGUCACAGCAGUUAAAUGUACUAAACUCUUCAAAUUAUUUGUUUCUGAUCAAUACCAAGAAUUAUAUUAUAAGUCAUGUAACAUUGACUGAAAAGAAAGGGAAUGAAUUUUAGUUCAAUUUCAGUAGAAAGGGUAUGAAUUUUAGUUCAAUUUCAGUUCCACAUCCUUGAACAAGAUCAGCUUUGAAAGUUACAUGAAUUAAAUAUUUCAACAAAUCUUUGACUUCAUAAGCUGUGGAACAGAUGAAUGAUAUGGCAUUGUUGCAACGACUUAAUCCAAUUAACCAAAAGGGUUCUUAUUUGUAAUAUAUUGCCUCAGAAGUGUUUUUCAAUGAAAUAAAAAAGUUUGAACUUUAAAUUUUAUAGAAUAAUUUGGAAUAAUUCCUGUAAUUGAUAUUUUAUACUAUAAUAUGUAAUUCAAAAUGAUUUUGUUUGUAAAAGAUUUUUUCCUUGGUUUAUUUAUACUUGGAUUUCUUUACCAACAAACUCCACUGCUUAUUCAGAAUGCAGUCUUAUUGUAUAAUGGUGGCAGUAUAACAAGGUUUACUGUAUGAUUGAGUCAGUAUAGCAAGGAUGAAAAUUAUUAUUAUUUUGGUGCUUUAUAUUUGAAAAUACAUGCUGUUGAUAUGUUGGAAAUGUGUAUGUGUUUAUAUUUGUAAAUUUUUGCUUGAAUGUACAUGUAAGUAAAUGUUUUCAGUCAGGUCUUUUGGUAAUUUAUAUUUUCAUGGUUAACCAUGCAUUGUCUGUAAAUAUAUUGUAAAUGUAUAUCAUGGAAUUGGUUCUUGAUGAUUGCUGUAGCUCUUUUCUAUUCAUAAUUGAUUGUUAGAUAUGGUUACCUUUGAUGAUUAUAAGGAUAGUUCAAAUCAAAACAUGUAGAAUUUAGAGUAAUAGAAUCUUACAUGGGUCUGCCCUUGGACAUGGAUAUCCCAACCCUCGUGUGUGCACAGGCAAAAAUGUCUUGAGGUCAAUUUGGAAAAAAUAUUUGAAAAAUAUUGACCUGAAAAUGACCUGAAAUUGAGGUCAAUGUCACAUGAGGAAAUUUUCAGGUCAAUUUCAGGUUAAUUUCAGGUCAAAUUGACAUGAAAAAAUCUUCAUGUCAAUUUGAGGUGAAAUUUGAGGUCAAUUUGACCUGAAAAUCUUGACCUGAAAUUGACAUGAAGACAUUUUGCCUGUGUAAGCGUUUGGCUUGUCAGCACAAGGCUUGUAAUUAUCAAGUGCUGGUCAGCAAAACUCUUACAUGAGGGUUGAGAUAUUGCUGUCCAUGGAACAAACCCAUGGAGGAUUAUUUUUCUCACAUACUUGAUAAAUGUGUACAAUGUGUUGUGAAACAUAUUUAUUGCAUCAUCAUCAAUGUCGCAUGAACUGCAUGAAGUAACUGAUCACCUUAUCAAUCAAUUUGCAACGUGGUCACGCUGCAUAAAAGGAUGAUGUUACGCUAUUGGGUAGCAUUACAGCGUGUGUCAACUGUCUCUAUAUCUCUACACUGUGGGAGAUCGAUUUUUCCUGUCCGUAGCAACUACGGUAUCACCAUGUGAAGUAUGUGAGAAAAAAAGAGUACCAGUACUUUGGCCUGUAAUUUUGAACUUUUUUUAGAAUAGGCUAGUUACUGGUGUAAAGUUAAGUCAUAGAUGAAAAUCUUUAUGUCAUGUUUUGUAAGCCUGUAAUGAUGGGGUUUAUACAUUAUACAUAGUGUAAUGAAACUGCUCAAACUUCGAAUUAUUAAUGGAUUAAUGGUAGCAACGGCAAUUUCUAUUGAAUAAAAUUCUAGAUUACCUUAA